GCAGCAGCAAAUGAUCAAAAGAGGAAAGGUGGAGAUAGAGAGAGGCAGAGCGAAGGAGCUUUGGUGCUUUUUUUUUUUCCCCCUCCCUUCUUCUGUACAUUGAGGGCUUUGCGUAAGAGGCGGAUGGCGAUGGGAGACUCAAACUCGCAGCUGAUGCCGAGCUGUGCCACAGCCUCCAUGUCCACAGGUUGCGUGUGAAGCAGUUUUUGGCAGAGCGGGACCAGACAGACGUAUUAAAAAAUAAAAAAAAUUUAAAAAAAGCGAUAGGCGAGACGGAGGAGGAGACGCAGAAUAAGAACGAUGGCGACUUUCGGGAAACUCACCGACUACUUUAAUCGGCGUAAAUCUCGGGAGGAGCUGAGGGUCACCAGGAGCUCACGGCGGAGUGGGAGCUACUGCUGCACCGUGGCAGAGGCCAGGUCGCUUGAAAGGAAGUUGCAGAGACCAAUACUUGCCAAAUCUCGCACACUACCCAGCAUCCCCCAGUCCCCUCGGGUGUCCAGGCUCCAUCACUCUGAUCUCACUGGCGGAAGUCCCUCCCGCAGGAAGACCCCAGCCCUUGCCAGCAGCAACCCGAAGGCCUGCACGUUGCCCCCUGCAGGAGAGCUGUGGCGCUUGGAGGAUGACAUGGAGGCCGAAGAGGAACCCGGGCGAGGAGAAGCCCGGCCUCGCUCCCAGUCGCCCUUCUCUCACUUCCGGGCACGCACUGCUUACCUCCGAAAGAGCAUCUCUGCCGACAACCACCUGGACAUGAGUUCGGACUUCAACGGGGGGACGGCAGCGGAGGAGGGCAAGCCUGUGCGCAGUAGCAAGGCGAAGCUGAAACGGAAAUUCAGUCUGGGCUCAGUGGAUCGCAAGGAGAAUCAACACAAAAGGUCUGAGUCUGGAAUCUCCAAGUUUACCCAUCGCCUGUCCCUCAAAGAACGUCCCGCCAAAGCUGAGAAGACCACAUCGGAACGAGCCCAUUCUUACCGGAGACGCUCCCUCAGUGUUGAUUGGGCUGAUUCCACCAAGAUGACGCAACCCAUGAGGGGGGACCAGGCCCACCAGCCGGCCCCGGCCCGCAAGGCAGCCAGCCUGUCUUCGCCAAGUGCGGCCCGCCGCCUGUACCGCAACUUGUCUGGAAAGUUCCGUGUGAGCACCAACCACGCCGCCUUAGAGGACAGCGUGGUGUCAGGACGGGGAGGAGACAAGGAGAGGCUCCGCAAAACCACCAUCUUCCAGAGUAAUGAAGCGCUGUUUGAAGCGGUGGAGCACCAGGAGUUAGACUUGGUGCAGCUCCUUCUCUCCCAAUACAGCUUGGAGGAGCUGGACCUCAACACCCCCAACAGCGAAGGCCUCCUGCCCCUCGAUAUCGCCAUCAUGACCAACAAUGUGCCCAUGGCCAAACUGUUGCUUCGUGCCGGGGCCAAAGAGAGCCCCCACUUCGUGAGUCUGGAGGGCAGAGCGGUCCACCUGGCCACCUUGGUGCAGGAGGCCGAGCAGCGAGUGGCCGAGCUUCAGACCCAAGUCAGCGGCGAGGGUCCCGGCGAGCGUGAGGCAUCGGACCGGGAGAGGCAGCUCACGGGCUGGGAAUGGCGUCUGCGGCUCUUCAGACGCAUGCAGACAGGCUUUGAGCACGCAAACCCUCCAGACGCUCCCGUUGCAGUGCACUUGUCUGUCAGCAGCAGCACCAGUCUAAGGGUGGAUUUCCAGGAACCUCCGUGUGUCAGUUCGGCUGUGGUCACCAAAUACAAAGUGAGCUGGAGCUCAACGGCGUCCUUUAGCUGUGUGCUGGGGGAGGUGAUGGUUGAGGACACCAGUCUGCUGCAGCACAACAUCACUGGACUCACAUCUGGGAACCCCUACUACGCCCAGGUGUCCGCCUACAACAUGAAGGGCUGGGGGCCCGCAUUGGCCUCGACCCCAGCCUGCGCUGCUCCUUCCAGUUGGAGGGACACGGACGGCCGAGCUCCCCGCCAGAGAGGCCAGAAGGAGGUCCUUGACCAGCUGCUUACCCAAAUAAAAGAUGCCCAUCAGAGCUGCAUCUGCCACGAACAGUGCAAAGCGCCGACGCAAGGCAGAAAACACUCGGUGUCCAAAAGCCUGCGUCACCUCUUUCAACCGAACAGCAAAUUUGUGAAAAGCCUGAAAAGAGGUCUAUAUCUGGCGUCCAUAUUCUACAGAGAUGACAGUGUCUUGGUGACCCCGGAGGACCAGAUUCCCAUUGUGGAAGUUGAGGACUCCUACUCCAGUUCUCUGCUGCAGGACUUCCUCUGGUUUACAAAGGUGUCCUACUUGUGGGAGGAGAUUCCCUGGCUGCAGCAGUGUCUCAAUCCCACCCAGACGUCAUGUUCCUGCACUCUGCAGACGCGCAUCAAGAUGCUACAAUCAAUCGCUCACCUCCAGGGCAUGCUGGGAACGCAAGACUUGGGUCAGGUGUAUUUUGAGCCAAUCAAAGACAAGCACGGCAAUGCCUUGCUGGUGCUCCUGAAGGAUAUGAACGCGUCUCCAAACCUGGACGGCGUGCGCUGGAUGCAGCUUUGCAAACUGCAGCUACAACGCAAGUCCAUAUCCUCUCCGGAGGAACCCACCGCUCUGGACAUGCUCCUCAUCACGCUGCAUGAGAAGCUGGCUUAUCACAGACGAAGCAGGAAGCUCCUGUCCACCGGCUUGUACCUGGGAUAUUUGAAGCUGUGCACAUCGGUGGAGCAGAUCAGAGCGCUGGUGCCGCAGAAGCUCCCAAACAUCCUCUGUCACACCAAGAUACGAGACAACAACAACGUCUCACGGGAGGAGUGGCAGUGGCUGCAGGGCCUCAGCGCCCUGGAGGAGCCCAUGGAGACGGACUCCAGCACGCAGAGCGGUCCUCAUCACCUCCUGCAUGACCUGCGUGGGGCCAUCAAGGAUCUGAUGGCCCAUAUCAAUGUCCCCGGUAACCAGGCUCAAGACUUCCGAAUCUACACCCAAGAAGUGUUGGAGUUUGGCGACAAAGUUUCCUUCCUCCUCCUCCUGCCUCCUUCCGAUGAGGUGUGCACGGCCCCCGGUCAGAACAACCCCUACUCUCCCCGCUCCGGCUUCCUCACGCUGCCCCUGCAGAUCUUUGAACUGGUCCAUUUUAACGCCUAUUGCCCCAGUUUUAUCGGCCAGUACUGCCGUGUGUCCGCCCUGCUGGAGCUGGAGUCCCUCAUGUCCCAGCAGGCCUUGAGGGAGGCUUUCUCCGAAGAGGAGCUCCUGGCCGCCAAGAAGAAGCAACAGCAGCUCCAGGAGCACAUUCAGCAAAUGGAGGAGGUGUGGCGGGACGCCAGGUGGAUCAUGGAGGCCUUGCAGUACGCCCGCUACAAACAGCCAACAGGAGGCGUCUCCAUCAGUGGCUUGAUUGACUUCUCCACAGAAAUGCUGCCUCAAAAGCCUCCUUCCACAUCCUCACAGCCGGACUUCCUGCCCUCCCCGCUGCCGUCCCCAGAAGCUUGCCGCAAACACUCAGACUUUGCAGGGUUGUCCGAUGAGGAAGGCUCCUCCGAGGUCUUCCUCACCACCGAUAGCGACUACGACUCCAGCCGAGCCCAGAGCCCCCGCGAGCUGGACCUCCUGCCCCCGUCGCCGCUCUCCACCUCGGCGCCCCUGGAGCCCCGCGGCCUCCUGCGCAGCGACGGCAGCGGAAGCGGUAGAGGCGGCCGAGGAGGCGGUGCACUGAGGGACUCCACGCCGGACGUCCUGCAGGCCUCAGAGCCACAGCGAGGGAGGGACCUCGGGAGGUGCGGCGGCGGCAUCUGUUGCGGGGGCGAGCGGCGCCAACGGGGCCCGCCCGAGCUUUUUGACAGCGAUUUCAUUCUGCCAAGCAGACAGAUUGAGCUGUUACACAUCACUGAGAAGCGACAGGCCUUUUGUGUGCGCACCAGCAGCCUGGAGUUCCCCUCGGCUAUGUCCGCCGACCGCCAGUCGUACGCCCGCCACGAAACUUCGCCCGCCAACUCACCCCAGCAACGCUGGCACAGGCCCUCGUCGGUCGACCGCUGCUGCUCGGCCGAAUGCGCCGCGGCACGGCGCCCGCCCGCACGUACGCUAUCUGAGGACAGCGGUACCCAGCAGCUUUCGUCACCAAUGACAGCCGCCCACAGGAAGGGGUCCCACGCCACCCUCAGAGUCUACCCCCAGUACCCCACGGGCCUCCCCAAGGAGACCAGUGUCAAGCUCUGCGUGACGCCGUGCACGUCGGCGGGGGAGAUGGUGCAGCUGGUGGUCCAGGAGAUGAACCUCGUGUCUCGGAGGAUGCUGGGUGGCGGCGAUACGGAGCAAGGUGCCUUCUACGGCCCCGAGCAGUUGAAGCACUUCGGCUUGGUGCUGGUGUUGGACGAGAGGGAAAAGUGGCUGCAGGACGACUUCUGUCCCCUGGAGUUACAAAACCCCUGGCUGAGGGGUAAGUUGUGUGUGCGCAUUAAGGAGUACUCGCCGCUUGCACUCAAACACAGCCGAGGCACCACAGUGUGACGCCGUACAGGACGUUACUUUUAUUGUUUAAAAAUAUGUUUUUUCCCUGGACAUGAACAACAACAAAAAAAAGAUUGUCAAAGUGUGCUAAAAAGCUGCAACGUCUAUCCUGAAGACCUGCAGUCGGACUUGAGAGCUGUAGCUGAAACGCUCCAUCUUGUAAAAAUAACAAACCAGCAAAUGGACUUUUAAAGAAAGAAACAAAACAAACAAAAAAAAAACAAGCAAUACUUUUAUGUUUAUAUUGAGGAACAAAACAUUGUCAUAUUCCAACAAUUGUGCUCUUUUAUGUUACUGUUGUGAACAAGUUGAGUGUUUUGGAUAUGACCCACAAUGCACCUGGUUACUGAUUUACUUAGAGAUUAACCCUCAAGAGGUCCUCAGAUUUCACCCUCACAUUUGACCUGAAAGACAAAAAAACGUCUGCUUAUCAAAAACUGCAGUCAAAUAAUAAUAAAUUCCUAAAUUUGAAAUAAGUCAAUCUUUUUCAUAUCAAACAUUAUCAUAGUUUUUAUAUCUUUAAAGGCCCAUACGUUACAAUAACAAUAUCAUUUUUUGAAUUGCAAAUCAAAAGUGUUUCCCCCAAAUCCUUAUGAUGUUUAUACAUUUUCAGUGUUUCCUAAUUAUGGGGCGGGGCUGAUAUAGCAACAUAAUCCUCUAAUUUGCAUAAUUGGCCUUGUUGCUUUUGCAAUAAGUGAGUAAAAUUCAUGAAAGGCAAACAAAAUAUGUUUAGACAUACAAAUAUGUUGCUUCUUUUUUCCCCAAGUGUCCCAAAUAAACCUAAAUGCUUUUUUAAGACGUUGACGAGAGCGCCGGAAUCGGCCAAAUAUCCUUCACUAGAUUUGUUGAUAGUCACUUUUUAGAAAAACAGCAUCUUGAGGCAUAUGGUUAAUGCGCUAGAUCUAGUGACAAAAUAGACAAGUUGGGAACACUGGUCCAUCCUGCUGAGUCUUUUUAUUCUCUGGCAGACUAGGUGCAUCAUAAUGAGCAAGUGCAAACAUUUGCCAUCACAUUUGUUUGAUAAUGAAGACAUUAAUAUGUAGGAAACACUGAUUUUGAUACAGAAACGUCACUUUCCUCUGAAAUGGCUGUAAAAUUCUAUAAAUUAAUACUUUUACACGUUUAACCAAUCAAAGUACUUCAACUUGAAUUUGACAGUACAUAUCAAAUAUUAAUUAUAGUUUGGGGAUUUAAAUUUUUAAAAGUUUCCAUAAGUUAAAACACACAUAUUGUUAUUUUUCAUACAUCUACUUUACAUCCGGAAAGUAUCCAUUUUUAUUAUGUUAAAGCCUGAUUUUAUAAGGCUGUAACAUAAUAAAAUGUAGAAAAAUGCAUGUUGUCCUCAAAAUUCCCCAUAAAGACGAUGCGAAAACUUUUUGUGAAAUAAUUUAGCAAAUUUUUUUUUUUUUUUAAAUCACUUGUACAUAAGUAUCCACAGCCUUUGCUUAACACUGCAUGCUUUGAAUGGGGAAAAGUAGCACCAUCUGGUGGAUAAAUAUGAAAAAAAUAUGAAGGGCAGUUUUUUUUUCUAUGAAGGGUUUCAUUAGUUGACGCUAAGAAAAGUGUUGGAUGCAUUUUCAUUUUUUCUCUUUUUUUUGGGACGUUUUUUGUCAUGAGGAACAAAUGUGUCGGCGUUUGUGUUGUUUUUUUGUUCUUAAAAUGUCAAAACAAUCUUUUAAGGGUUAACUUGGCGAAGGUGCUUUUGUUUUCAGAGCAGUUUCAUAAUAAAUAACUGGAGAAAAAAAUAUAUAUAUUUUAACGGGAGGACAUUUUACCCAACAACAAAAGGACACCUCUCACUCGGAUAUUUAUUUUGAAGACUUUUUUUCGUGCUCGACUGAAAUAAUUGUAGCAACAGAAGAAGUUGGAGGACGGGCGACGUCGCCACCCCUGGUUACCGUGGUGACCUAGUGUUUACAAAGUGGACUUUGCUUCAAAGGUGCAUCUACUGUAUUAAAAAUGUGUUUUAAUAACGACGGCUGUGUUAGCGCUUAGCUUUUCCUUUGACUCUGUGUUGUUCAAAGUGUUGUUUUUCCCAAGAAAUGUAAAUAAACACGCCAAGCGUGUCGAAUGUGGGACGGCGGUGGAAAAGAGGCGAAAAGACGAGGACUUUGUUGGUUUGUUUACAAGGAGCUGUCGGCGGAGUCGCGAAGGAGACGUCGCGUCACUUUUUUUGAAAAUCUAUUUUUAUUGA